GUCCAUACAAAGUUCAAGUCAAACACUUCCAGAUUGUUGGUUCUGGUGAGAAGGAUUUCAAAUUUCAAACCAUCUUGGGCCAUCAAACAACACGAUGACCAAGGACAGCACACCCCACGUCGUCGCCAAGCCUGCUGCACCGACCGGCCGCAAACCUCGUCAAGUCAAGCCCAAGGGAGGUGAUGCGAAGAAACCUGUGGCGGCGGAGCCAGCCCAGGACGUAGCCGUGGAAGUUGCGACGUCGCAUCCCACUGUGGCUUCCAACACCCCUUCGGCACCUGUCGAACAGGCCACGUUGUCGCCUACCUUCCUCUCCCCAGUACAACGCCUAGCUUGCGUAACUAAAGGCUCACAGAAGCGUGCACGACGUGUACUUGUAGGUGAGCAAAUUGGACUUGGCGCGCGAAAUCGCCGCGAAAGAACAAGCGGAACGCGUUGCGCUGGCGUCUGCCCGCCGCGUGGAUGAAGCUCGUCGCAAGAGUUUAAAGCGAAAAGGAGCCGAAGCGUCGGCGGACGAAUCGGGGAUGCCGGAAAAGGUCCCCAAGCUCCACCAAGAUGACGUGGAAGUGCUCGAAUCGACCACGGUCGUGCAUUCGACGACCACAACGUUGACCCAUCGUCGUCCUCUCAAGCAAAUCGAGCAGAACCAGGGUGAAAGCGCCACGGCGUAUGCGCUUCGUGCAGCCAACAUCCGCAAGGACGAGCGCAGCCACCAUGUCACACGCACCGAAGACGACGUUGAGAACCACCCUCACAACGAACCACCUGUCCAGACGCCCGUGGUGGCUCCCACCGCGUACGAACUCAAGCUCCAAGGCGUGACCACCGCCAACAUCUACGAGCACACCACCGAAGAAGUCGAGUUUGUCAACAGCGUCGUCAAGGACACGACUACGCGCGGCACGUCCAAGCUCGAGGAAGCCGCCGCCGCCGCGACCCCCGUCGAAGCAGUGGAUGACGCGACGUCCAACUCGCGCUUUUACGUGCACUUGGCCGUGCUGUUGGUGGUCGUGUUCACCGUGUUAUUGACGCUCACGGAGCUGUACGUGAGCCAGCUGCCAUUUUGCAGCUUCCCUGCCACUUCCGACUUGAGCAACUGCCGCGUGUGCCCCGACCAUGGCGUGUGCAUUGACGGCGUGCUCACAGCAUGCGAUAACAGCUUGUACAUUGCCGUGGACGACACAUGCAAGCUGUCCGCCGACAUCAAGCGCGACUCGAACCAGAUGGCGGCGACCAUCUCUGCGCAUUUGACCACCGUCGCCACCGCCGCGUACUGCCGGGAGCCGUUUUGGAACCGCGUGCUGCAGGUGGACUGGGCCUUGCCACUUCAGCCCGUAGAUGUGGCGGCGGACGCGGUCACGGUCGACUUGGCGGCGCUGGAAUCGCAAUUCCGAACGGAACCAUUGUGGAGCGUUGUCGGGCCGCGCACGUAUGCGAUAUCGUUCAAGAAAGCCGUGCAAAAGCUGAACGUGACCACCCCAGUAUUGGUGGUAUCCGUGGCGAAUGCAACCCCUUUGUGUCAAGUGCAAACUGCCUUGGUCGAAUACUUUACGAUUUGGGUGUCGGCCGUGUUGCUCGCGUUUGGGUUUUACACCAUGUACAAGGACCAAAAGCAAUCGGCCGCGGACGCCGCCCUGCUGCACGAGAUGCUGCUGGUGGUGCAAGAGGAGCUGAUUGUGCACACCCAAGACAAGGGGUACCCAGCCGCGUAUCUCAAGAACCACGUGGUGGACGUGCUAAAGCUCACCAAGGCAGAUGCCCAGCGUGUGGAGUCGGUCCUGUGGCCAAAAUUGACCAAGCAGGUGGCGGCGGACGAUCGUAUUCGCGUCACGAGUGAAGACGGCGGCGCGUUGCUGUGGCAAUGGGCGCUGUCGGCGUCAACCGACGAGCAAGCGACACCAAGUACAAGUGAACCGAUUGUGGGGACGGCGGCACCAGUAGCCCAAGUUGCGUAGGAGGAGUAGUGUUGUGCAUGUAAUAUAGGGUAGUUUUAGUAUGUACGCAAUCAAAUGGAUGGCUAAACGAGGUCGGUAGGUAAUAAGUACAGUACAUAGGUAGUCGACGGGAGAUGUG